AUGGUCCUCCAAGAAAACGACAACGGCGGUGUCGCCGAAUCUCAACACGUCUGGGCCAUGGACGACAACACCGAGCAAGUACACCCACCUGGCUUCUCACCCCGUCGAGACUACCUCUCCUUGCAGGAUGAGGAAGAAAAACCCGCCAGUCUCAGGACCGCAUCGACUCUACCACCGCCCUCGACGCCUACGGACUAUUCUCAACUCCACCUCGAGACUCACGAAGAAGAUAUGAUGAUUGAGAAGGAAAAGGCUGCGAUCGCCAGGAGUGCAAAAAUCCAGGACUGUCUUUCACUUGAAAAGAAAGCCAGCUUUGGGUCAGAUCUCGUCGAGUUUCUUCGAUGGCUUCUGGGUGUAGAAUUGGCACACAAGAAGUGGAAGCGCUUGCAUCACGAGGGAGAGAAAAUUGUCAUUAGCACAAAACGUUUCUCCGUGCUGCAAAAUCUAAUCUUCUUCCACCUACCUGCUGUGGCUGUCACAGCAACCCUACUUGUCCUACACUUCAAGACCCAAUUAUGGCCGUCGUCGCUGCCUUCUUCUGAAGGCCUCAGUGCUCUGCAGUUUGCCGCUCGGAUACACGAAACCCUCGUAAUAGUGUCCUUGACUGAUAUUCUUCUGCAUCGAAUCCGAUACAAUUUGCUUGUGGAGGACGGGAUACCACUUGGAUUUCUCAGCUCUCCAUAUCACCUGGCCUCGCCAAUUCCUCAUCUAUUGAGUUGGGAGUUUAUUUCUAUUGCAAUCAUUCUACUGUUAUUGAUCAGCGGUGGUGCAGGUCCAUUAUGCGCCAUUGCCAUGGUUCCUCGACGGGAACUACGGGAGAUCCCAUACAUAGAGUCUACCCUGAGCAGCUAUGACUAUGUCUUAGCAUCACCUUCAUAUGACACCAUGGAGUUGGCGUCAAGACAUAUUCCCAGAGUAACGAGAGGUACAUGCGUUUCUACGGCGGACCCAACUUGCCAUAAACGAGAUAUGAGUGUGCUGCUCCAAGCGUACCGAUCUGCCUGGCUCCAAUCUCGCGAUGGUAUCUCAGGACAGAAUAUCACCUCGACAGCCUUCGGCACCGAGCUUGAGCAUCGGCCACUCACUUUUUGGGAUAAUAGUACAUUCUCUGUUGCGCUGGGUCCCAUGGAGUUUCUGGCCCGUUCUAUAACUGGCGAGAGUGACCGAUUGUCUGAUGCUGGUGGCGAUACUGGCAUUACUGUCAAGGCUAGAAGGAAAUGGAAACAGCCCUUGGUUGCAACCUGGUGCACUUCUUUUGAGAUAUCUGCAGACAAUAUCUUGCAAGCCCCACGGAGACCUUUCGGCCAUCUGUCAAGGACCCCAUUAAACCACACGAUGACCAAAGAUUUGGAUUUUCUACGAGAGCACGAAGGAGAUGUACGAAAGAACAGGACAGUCAACGGCUUUAUCGAGCUCAACCAGUUCCUCAAUGUACCUGUCAGUGCUGUUUUUCUAUCAAGGGUGGCGGCAAAUCUUUCGCGCCCAAGUUGGACGAAACCACGCGAUGACGAUCCCAGUAUCUGCCUCAUUCAAGCUCGAUGGGUGGAUGGCGAUGCCUGGAGAUCGAAAGCGAGUGUGGGCACUCAAAUAGACAUAGGCGUCAAGCUGGAUGAGAUUGGAGAAUAUCUUUGGCAGACUUCAAAUUCCUCAAAUGUUGCAAGGUUGAAGGCUGAAUGGUUGAACGGUAUCGGCUCACCGGAUAUCAUUGACCCCAAUGUACAAAAUCAGGCCUACGCCGAACUCGCCGGGUUUUCGUUCCCUGUCGACCGUUGGACCACUGCCCCUCUCGCGCUCUACAUUCUCGAUGCAAUGACACGCUCCGUGGAUAUGAUUGAGUGGCACGAGGUACAUAAUGUGACAGCAGAAAACAAGGCAACCAAUCCGGAUUACAUGGCCAUCGACCAUGACCACCUCGCGUACCGUUAUGGUUAUGAUUUCAGGGGAACCAGCACCAAAUUGGCCAUGCUUUUACUGCUCGCCCAUGUCUUAAUAGUAUUCCUGCAUCAUGGAUCAACAUUGCUUUCCUCAACACCAUGGCAAAGCUCCGGAUGGGGAAGUUUUGGGGAGAUGCUGGCGCUCGCCCUGCGGUCUAGAGCUCCAAAGGGGCUACACAAUGUAGGUGGCGGUUCCAGGAGUGCCAAAACUUGGAUGACUAUUGUAAGCAUCAGAGAAGUGGGGGAAGAGGGAAGGCUAGAGGUCGUAAUAGACGACCCUGAGCCACAGGGAGCCGUCUGGGACAACGAUCGGCUCAGCGUUGGUGAUGGAACGCAGGUGAUAAGGCGUGCAGCUGCCGGAGUCGCAUACAAGUAG